UGAGGGCGGGGCGCCGAGAGAGGGAAUCCCGGGUCGCGCCGAUACAGUUCUCGCAGUGGCAGAGGCGGCGGCGGCAUCAUCACCAUCAGCAGCAGCAGGUGGAGCGAGCUCCAGCGCCUGGCCUGAAACCCGCCGCUGCAGGCGUCCGGGCGGGAGCGGGCCGGCUAGGUGGAGCUAGUUCUCGCCCCCGUCUGACCCCCAGUUUCCGGGACACUUGGGUUGCCGAAGCCGGCUGGCAGGGGUCGCGGCUGGGGCCGGGAGCGCGUCGGAGCGCACGGCUGCGCUGGAAGCCGCGUCUGGGGCGCAGGACCAACUGGACCGACCUCCUCCUGGCUACCUGAAGACCCUUUCUCUCGGAUAAGAGCGCUGCCGGCUCUGGGAUUUGGGAGGAGGUCGGAGCCCGCCCGGGCAUUUCGCUGGACGCUAUACGUUUGCACCCCGGUGGCGCGGGAGGGUCCGGAGCGGAGCGCUUGUCUCUCAUCUGCGGUUUAGUGGCGGAAAGCAGAGAGCUCUUCCCGGGGCGGACGGGACCUCCUCCCUCGGUCCUCCGUGGAGCCCUCGCAUCGCUCGCCGUGUUGGUCUCGAGGGGCUCACGGCUUGGCAUUAACUUGCAGGUGUUCUCUGCUGAUUUGGUUUCUUCUUCGAUUAGGGGACAGUUCCCGCCAACGACACUCGACACGUUUCCCUGCCUUAGCAGGAGAGCCGGGUCCGGAGUCGCUGGAGCCUGCGGAAAUCCAGCGCCUGUUCGCUGACCCUCGAGUCGCUCCGCUAGCCGUGCGCCCUCCUGGGCACUAGCCUCGGGAGGAGCGUGCAGACGCGGCUACUUUGAGGGAGUGCGGUCCUCGAGGGAGGCAUUGGGCUCCUAGGGGCUUCUUGGCGUGUGUGGUGGGUCUGGGGUCCGCCGGCCAUGGCCUUCACUUUCGCUGCGUUCUGCUACAUGCUCUCUCUGGUGCUGUGCGCUGCGCUCAUCUUCUUCGCCAUCUGGCACAUAAUUGCCUUUGAUGAGUUAAGGACGGAUUUUAAGAGCCCUAUAGACCAGUGCAACCCUGUUCAUGCGAGGGAGCGGCUGAGGAACAUCGAGCGCAUCUGCUUCCUUCUGCGAAAGCUGGUGCUGCCAGAAUACUCCAUCCAUAGCCUAUUCUGCAUCAUGUUCCUGUGUGCACAAGAGUGGCUCACGCUGGGGCUGAAUGUCCCUCUACUUUUCUAUCACUUCUGGAGGUAUUUCCACUGUCCGGCCGAUAGCUCAGAACUAGCCUACGACCCACCAGUGGUCAUGAAUGCUGACACUUUGAGUUACUGUCAGAAGGAGGCCUGGUGCAAGCUGGCCUUCUAUCUUCUCUCCUUCUUCUACUACCUUUACUGCAUGAUCUACACUUUAGUGAGCUCUUAACACAAAGGCCAUGCAUGUCAUCAGAGACUGAGAUGGGAGAGGCCUGAGACCGAGAGGUGCAUUUCUGCUGGUGACUGGAGGAGGGACCAGAACGGGAAAAUGUGAGAAAGAGACCCGGCAGGCAGUCCGACCGAAAGGGAGCUGGGAUCACGCAGCAGCCGGGAGCCGACUUAACCCUGUGCGUCUGUUGUCGCCCUGUGUGUCAAUCUUUGGUGUUCAAAUCCCACACACGGGGUCACAGAGCCCUUCUGAGUAUCAGUGGUGUGGGGGAGUAUGUGACGAAACACUAAACCUCUCUCUCGAGAGAAUUGCUGCUUCCUGAAUCCACUUCAUUGAACAGCACUUUGCAAGUUCACACUGGGUUCCUGGGCCGUGGGAGCGGAGGCUGGAAGGCUGGAAGGUGCUUGCUAAGGAACAGAAUGACCCAGAGUCAAGGCCAAGUCUGCAGGGACCUGUUGAAAGCUGAGGACGGGUGAAUAUUGGAAAGAUGGAUUUUUGAAAUGUUUGCAACAUGUUCAAAGUGUCAGUUCUCCACCACGCAAGUUGUAUUCUUCUUUUGCCACCUCAAACCAUCACAGGAGUCAUUUAAUGCAAAUCAAUUGGUCAACGCUAGUCAAAGCUAUGUUCUUAUAAAUACCCCAGACAGCUCAGAGCUCAGAAAAUCCUGUGGAGUGGCUGCUCUGUACCGUGGGCAUCCGGCAGCCAGAAAGGGCGACAAUAUAAUUAUAACUUCGUUUUAUGAUGCUGCAUCAUUUGUACUGUUUAGGUCGACGCGAGGACAUCAUCUUAUUUAGAAUUUUCCAUUUGGCAUUCUCUUUCGGGUGGGAGUUGUGCUGGGGGUUGUAAAUAAUGACAAGGCUGAGAUUUUUAUGACGUUUAAAUUGGGCGUAAUGAUUUUGACCUUAUUCCCCAAACUGCUUUUUUUCCUACUGUUUAGCAUACACAGGCUAUUUAUACACGUCCCCAGCUCCCGUUUGAAAUCUGUGACUCAGGUUUAUGAAUGGUGUUUGUGUAGCAACACAUUGUGUGCCAUGUUUAUUAAAAUGCAGCGACAA